GUGGCAAGGGGGACCUACACGUGGUUAGUCUCGUUAGCCGUGUAGGUUUCGAUGGAGGUUGACCAUGUGAAGUUUUUGCAGCUAGUGCCAUCCCCAAUUCGGUGUGUGCGGUUUUGUAAUCAUCCGACGUCCCCGAAGCUUGCAGUGUCCAGGACCAACGGAUCUAUAGAGGUGUGGUGUACUGUAGAUGGAUCGACGUAUUUUAUGGACAAUUGGAUCCCAGGACGUUUAGAUUCCCCUGUAGAGUCAAUUUUGUGGCAAGGAAAGAAUACUAUUGUAACUGCGGGAUUUAGUGGUAAGGCUUUUUCUGUAGUUAUC